AUGGCCGUGAACACUGGCACAUUACCGCCGCACUUGCGCAAGGCUGCGAUGAAGAAUGCAGAAGCGCCGAAACCAGCGUCAGAUUCGGUGUCAGCAACCAAUGCUGCUCCAGAUGUCGCCUCUCCUGAUGGCAAUGCCCCCUCAAACGAAGAGCGCGCCGUAAUUCCCUUUGGCAAGGCACAACGCACGACUCGCGGAGAUCGUUCAAGCAUAAAGGACUCUUAUGCCCGUCUUGAGGAAAACUUUCGCGCCGCCAAUGCCGCUCUUGCUAAUGACAACGAUGAGCUGCAUGAGCGGUGCGAUGAGCUCGAGAUUGAGAAUGAGACACUCACUACCCAGUGUCAAGAACUGACCGACAAGAACGUUGAGCUUGUGCGCCGGUGCGAAGAUUUCGAGCGCGAUAAUGCCAAGUGCGGUCUGCACGUUGACAGCCUCGUCGAAGAGAAUAAGCAGCUUCUGGCCGAGGUCCAGGAUCUGAAGCAGAAGAUGCUGGAGAACGAGCAGCAUCUGGAGGAAUUUCAGCGCCUCGCCGCUGUCAACCCAACCAAGAGCAGCGUCAAGCAGGAGCCAAAUUCUACGUGGCACGCGACUGCCGCAAAGCCAAAUGUCACGCAGCUCUCGAAAGAACAGUUGAAUGAGGUAUUGGGCCAGCUGCAUGUGUCUUAUGCCGACGUCCAGCGACAAGCUGAGGAGGCGGCUAGCAUCCGCUACAAGGGCGUCAUGGAUGCACAGGUCGCAAUGCAGGAUAAGCUUGAGCGCCGUAUUUUGGCCAUGGAAACUCGCAAUGACCGUGCUGGCGAUGCAAACGAAGGCUUCCAGGUGGAAAGCACUCCAGCCGAGACGAUUCGGCUACUGCAAGCUGACUUGGAUGCACUUAAGACGACCAUUGCCAUUAUGCAGCCGCAAUGCAACCAGACUACGGACAACUUUGACACCAUGGUCAACCGCGUGGCUGCAAUUGAGUUACAGACCCAAGAGAUGGUGGAGAGCAAGCAAGGCAGCACCUACACCAUGCCCAGCGCCCCACAUGCUGCUGAUACCGACUACCAGACGAAGACCAAGCUUCGACAGCUGAAGGAAGAAGUGACGAAGCUCAAGGGCUUCAAGGACCGCAUUAAGAACAUCCGUGAUCACGAGCAGGCGAUCAGCGAAGCGCAGAACGUAGAAGGGCUUGUCGAACAAUACAAGAAGGUUAGCAAGGCGAUCGAUAGCAACGGCUGGUAA